AUGGAGCCGUCAGAAUCGGAUAAGACAUCAGGAAAGAAAACAACCAAGCAAAUCCAUCAAAGCCACCAGGAAUCUCAUGAGGAAAGCCAUAAAGAAUCACGUGAAGAAACCCAAGAAGAAAGCAAAGAAGCCGAAACAACGAAUGCUCCAAGAAAAGAACACUAUACUGAAGCUGGAAAACUACAAGCUAAUUUCACCCUCUGUUAGCGAACAAAUAUAUUUGUUCGCUUAUGAAGAGGAACUAAUUUUUUAAUUAAUUUUUAAAAUUUAUGUCUUAAAAUGCAAGCUUAUUUUUAAAAUUAAACAGAAUUAGCUAGAUAUUUCAUUAUAAUAAUUAUCACUUAUAACUUAUAUCCUUGAAUAUCAUAAAAAAAUUUUAUAAUAAAAUAAAUUUUUGCUAGCUAUAGAGGUAGAUUAACCCAAAAAAUAGGUAUUUUUCCAAUGGUUUUUAUUCGCUAUAGAGGGGGAGUAAAGAGAUAGAUUUUAGCGAAAAACAUACAUCUGAUGUUCAUUUUCAUAUAAAUUACAAAACUUCCUUUGGGGAAUCAAUUUGGGUAUGUGGAAACCACGAAAAAAUCGGCAAUUGAAACCCACAGCAUGCUUUUAAAUUAGAAUGGAGUGAAGGGAAUAUAUGGAAAGGGACUCUUCCAAUUGAAAAAGAUAAGGUGGGAACCUUGGAAUACAAAUAUAUAUGCAAAAAAGGAAAUAACUUGAAAUGGGAGUUUGGGCCAAAUCAUUUUCUGAUGAUUGAAGGUAUUAUAGAAGACCAAAUGACAAAAAACGACAAUUGGCAAACUUAA